AUGAACCCAACUUCUGCCAAUAGUGGCAGUCUGGGUUUAAAUACCAUUGUUUCAACACUUGUUCAAAAUUCAUCCACUCGACCACCAUCAACAACUAUUGUUUCCAAUAUACAAAACGCUUCAUCGCCUGUAAAUCUUUUUACUAAUUUACCUGGUGGUCUUUUUGCACCAAACAACAAUAAUAAUAAUAAUAAUAGUAUCAAUUCAUCAACUGCCAAUCAAGGGCAAUUAACAUCAUCACGCCUUAAAGUGGAGGAUGCACUCAAUUAUCUCGAUAAGGUGAAGAACCAAUUUGCGCUUCAACCGCAAGUAUACAAUCAAUUUUUGGAUAUUAUGAAAGAGUUUAAAUCACAAAGUAUUGAUACACAAGAAGUUAUCAAUCGUGUAUCAACACUCUUUCAUGGUCAUCCAGAUUUGAUUGUUGGUUUUAACACCUUUUUACCACCAGGUUAUAAAAUUGAAGUUAGUGAAGAACAUCAUGGUUACAUUCAAGUAACACAUCCAUCAUCACGAACAGAAUCAAUUGCAAUUGGAGGACCUUCAAAUACAACAUAUAAUCUAUCAAUAACAACUCCAACAACAACAUAUCGACAAACAGCAAAUUUAUUGAGUCAAGAUAAUGACGAAACAGAUCUUAUACAACAGCAACAACAAUUACAAUUAGCAAAUAAUGCAACAUCACAAGCUGUUAAUGCUUUAAUAUCCGCUGCUACUGCACCACAAGUCCCAUUUUUCGGUACAACAGGAGGUUUAAAUUUAUCAACGAAAAAUAAUAAACAACCAACAACAAAUGUAAGUUCUUCAACACAAGCUACAGCAGUUGAAAAAACGUCAAGUGGACAACCCGUAGAAUUUAAUCAUGCGAUAAAUUAUGUUAAUAAAAUCAAAAAUCGUUUUCAUCAGAGUCCAAAUAUCUAUAAAACAUUCCUUGAAAUUCUUCAUACAUAUCAAAAGCAACAAAAAGAUGCGAAAGAAAUUCCUUCUGGUAAUCUAGCACUCAAUACUGUCGCAUCACUAUCAACUGGAAUUGGUAAUCAAUCAACAUUAUUAUCUGAAACUGAAGUUUAUGCUAAAGUUGCACAAUUAUUUACUAAUCACGAAGAUCUUCUUGCUGAAUUCAGUCAAUUUUUACCAGAUGCUACACAACAACCAACAGAACGUACAAAUUCCAUAUCUGAUAUUCUUUCAUCAUCUGGUAGUUCAACUCCACCAAUGUUUUCAUCUCAAACAAGUUCAAUUUCUAAUACAACAACAACAAAUACAACUCCAAUUGUAACUAAUCCAACACCACGUUUAAUAAUUAAUAAUCCUGUUUCAUCAUCAAUAACAACAACAUCAACUUCUUCAUCGUUUUUAACAAUCAAUAAUAAUUCAAAUACAUCUCCAUUAUCAUCAUUAGCAAUGUUAUCAACAGCACCAUCAUUUACUGUUUUAACAUCAGUUAAAGAUGAAUUAACACGUCCACCAUCACCAAAACGAACAGCAACAACAGCAACAGCAACAACAACGCCAACAACAAGUGCAUCAACUAGUACGAAUAAUCUUUCAAAUAAACGAGCUGCUUCAGCAUCAAAAUCUCCAGCAGCAACAAUUCCUACUACAUCAUCAACAUCGAUGGCAACAACACCAACAAUGGCAACUAAGAAAAAACGUUUAACAAUGACAAAUAAUAUUCAACCAAUAUCACCUACUAUUAGACAUACAAGUACAGUUGAAGUAACUACAGGACAAAAUAGAAAAGCAACAUCAGUCGAUGAUAUGAUGUUUUUUGAAAAAGUACAAAAAACACUUCGAAGUUCAUUAGUAUUUGAUAAUUUUUUACGUUGUAUUUUACUUUAUACAAAACGAAUUAUAUCUCGUAAUGAAUUAUUUGAACUUAUACAAUCCUAUUUAAGUCAUGUACCUGAUCUAUUAAAAACAUUUCAAGAAUUAAUUAAUCAACGUGAACCAGGAGAUAUUAUUAUUCCUAAAAGUAUCUAUGAUCAACAUGAUACAGAUAGUAUGAUUAGUAUUGACUAUGGUUCAUGUUCUCAAUAUGGAACAAGUUAUCGUUCAGUACCACGUUCUUAUAUUCCUCCGUCGUGUAGUGGUCGAACACAAUUAUGUAAAGAAGUUCUCAAUGAUCAUUGUGUAUUAUUUCCAACAUUUACUGAUGAAUCUUCAUCUGUUGCAUCGAAAAAAAGUGUUUUUGAAGAACAUAUGUAUAAAAUUGAAGAUGAACGUUUUGAACUUGAUAUUGUUAUGGAAGUGAAUUUAAGCGCAAUACGCGCAUUAGAAAGUGUACAAUUACAUAUGAAUUCUUUAACAACAGAUCAAUUACAUCAUUUUCAAUUAGAUGAUCAAUUAGGUGGACAAUCAAGUGUUAUACAAAAACAAGCUGUACAAAGAAUUUAUGGUGAACGUGCUAAUGAAAUUAUUGAUGGUUUAAAAAGAAAUCCACGUAUUGCAGUACCAAUUGUUCUUAAACGAUUAAAAGCAAAAGAUGAAGAAUGGCGUGAAGCAAAAAAGAAUUUUGAACGUUUUUGGAAAGAACAAAGUGAAAAAUAUUAUUUGAAAUCAUUAGAUUAUAUGGGAAUUAAUUGUAAAAAUUCUGAUAUAAGAAUAAUUCGUAAUCGAUAUUUAUUAAAUGAAAUUGAAAAUCUAAAAGAAGAACGUGAUCAACAUAUUCCAUUAAAUAUAAAUCAACCACAUUUAGCAUUUCGUUAUGAUGAUUUAUCAAUACUUGAUGAUGCUGCAUCCUUAAUUGUUUUUCUCGUUAAACGUCAAAUGGCAUUUGGAAAAGAAGAUAAACAAAAUAUUAAGAAAAUGAUUUAUCAAUUUUUACCAGAUUUUCUUUUUACACCAAGAGGAGAACUUAGCGAUGAUGAAGAAGAUGAUGAGGAAGAUGAAAGUAAACGUGAUAAAAAAUCUCGACCAGCACGUCAUACAGAUACAAAUCGACGACGUAAUACAGAAUCAUCAACAACUAAGCCUCGUCAAAUUGCACAAGAAUAUCAAAAACCAGAUGAUAUGUUUCAUUUAUUUUUUGUUAAUGAUAAUUAUUAUUUUUUCUUUCGUCUUCAUCAAUUAUUAUGUGAUCGUUUAUUAAAAAUGUUUCAACAAUCAUUACGUUUAAUUGAAUUAGAAAAUCGAGAAUUAAAUGAAAAUAAUUCACAACGUAAUAAACAACCAUCUGUUGCUACAUUACUUCGUCUAUCUAAUCGUCCAAAUAUACCUGUUGAUGAUUAUUAUCCUAUAUUUCUUGAUAUGGUACGAAAUUUACUUGAUGGUAAUAUGGAUAGUUCUUCAUAUGAAGAUUCAUUACGUGAAAUGUUUGGUAUUCAUGCUUAUAUUGCAUUUACAAUGGAUAAAAUUAUUCAAAAUUGUGUUCGACAACUUCAUGCUAUUGUAACUGAUGAAUCAUCAGAUGCAAUAAUGCGUUUAUAUUCUCGUACUAAUGGUACAGUUGGUCUCGUUGAUAAUCUUUACUCAACUGCACAACAAAAUUCCGAAGCAGCUUAUCAACGUGAAAUGGAACCAUAUGCUGAUGGAAAUCGAUUGUUUCGUAUUUGUUCAUUUAAAAAUGAUCGUCGUGUUGCAACUACUUUAAUUGUGAUUGAUUCAUCUGAUGAUGAAGAUGAUGAAAGAAUAUCUCAAAAUUGGACGCGUUAUGUUGAAUCAUAUAUACGUGAUAAUGAAGGUGAUCAUGAUGAAGCAAUAACUGCACGUAUACGAUCUAAAUUACGAAAAAAUCCUCGAUUUUUACUUCGAAAUAUUAAAAAACCAACAGAUAUGACUGAUCGUUCAUUAACAGAAGUAACAACAACAAAUAAUGAUUAUUGUCGUCUUGAUACAAAAACUCUCAAACGAAAACCGUGUCAUCGUGCUGGUUUCUAUUUUUAUAAACGAAAUUCUUUACGUUCAACAAAACAAAAUCAUAAACGAUUGUCUACUCAACAAUUCAAUCAUUUUUCAAAAUACUAUCAAGAUUGGUCAUCAAAACAUACAUCUGAUAAUGAUACAGAUCCAUUCAAUGAUUUAUGGCUUAAAACACAUCGAUCAAUGAAUAAUAAUACAGAACAAGAGCAUUUAGAUAUUCAAUCAAAUUUAACAAAUGAUCUCACUCAACCACCCUAUCGUCAUUAUCGACACUAUCAGAUUGUGAAUACAUAA